AAUGUCGUAUUGGCCGCUCUCAGGUUACUCUCUGCUGAUAAUAUUGAUUGCUUUAGCUAUGUUCAAGACAAUACAGCUAGCAACUAUUGCCGAUGCACAGCAAGGGGAAAGACAACACGCCGUUACAGAGGCCUCUCGGGAUUCCUCCGCCAGCACGAAAAUUUAUUCAGGGCUGACAAUCUUCAGUAUUAUCUCGUCGGUGAUUCGGCUCGGUUUGAUUCAAACGAUUUCGGAUGCCACCGUAGGUUAUCAAACUGUCGAUUUCAGUGAAUCCAUGUACCGAAAUAAACCUGUCAAGGGAUUCCAAUCCCCUUUAAUCGUCCUUAACCGUAAUAAGCCACCAACAAGCGCCGAAAAAGCUAACGAUGCAUCAAGGAAUCAGCAAAAAGUACCAAACAAUUCUACCAAGCCGUUUAGAAGUAACUCACAAAUCUUGAGUCUGUUCGAAGAAGCGAUUCGGGAAAACGAUGAUAAUUACGAUAACAUAGUAGAAACUAAUCCGUCGAAGAAAGAAAAAUCCAAUGAUAAUCCAGCUGGCGAGAAGAAGACGUCAACUGUUGCAUCGCGCUCGAAAGUUAUCUUUAAUGUGGUAUAUGGCAAAAUAUCUUCAAAGAAACACAAAACAUGGGAUGGCGAUGGAUUGCUAGAAGUGGCUGGGAAAAGUGCAGUGCUUAAGGAUUUGGAUGGUAAUGUUAUUGGAAGAGCUACAGUUAAUCCAAGCAAUGCAGUAGAAGGUUCCAGAUUAAUCAUAGCAAGCAAAGAAAUAGAGAUAAUAGAUCAAGCAUCUGAAGAGCUAUCAGUAGUAUCAGAGAAGCGUUCGGAAGAAACAGUAGAAGAGCCAUUGCAGAAAAAAUUUAAGGCAUGUCCUGCAUAUGCAUUUGUGCCUCCAUUGCCCAAAAAAGGAUUGACAUUAAAUUGCAAACCUUUGGUGAUGCCAUAUAUGAAUUCUACUGCUAUAUGGAUAAGUCAGGAAGCUUCGCAAAAGGAGCAGGAAGUAUCAGUUGACUCUUGUUUAGUAGCAAUGCUCAGAGAACACCAACGACAUGGCAUUGUUUUUCUCUAUGAAUGUUUGAUGGGUCUGAAAGUAGCAAAUUAUUUUGGUGGGAUUUUAGCCGAUGAAAUGGGUCUUGGCAAAACAUUACAAUGUAUCACAUUAAUUUGGACAAUGUUGAAGAAAGGUCCAUAUAGCAAACCAAUUUUGAAGCGUGCAUUGAUACUAGCGCCCAGUAGUUUGUGUGACAAUUGGAAGAAGGAAUUUGCAAAGUGGUUAGGCUGUCACAGAGUAUCUCCGUUUGUUGUGGAUGGGAAAAAUAAACCUAAGGACUUCACCAGUCGACCAAGAAAUUCGGUGAUGAUUAUUAGUUAUGAAAUGUUCAUCAGAUGUCAUAUGGAAAUUAAUGAAAUUGCCUUCGACCUGAUCGUGUGCGACGAAGGCCAUAGAUUGAAGAAUAGCAAUAUAAAGGCAGCAAAAUUAUUAUACGAGGUAAACUGUAAGAAACGAAUUAUCUUAACCGGCACUCCUAUACAAAAUGACUUGAAGGAAUUUUAUGCAUUAGUGGAUUUUGUUAAUCCCAGCAUUCUUGGUACUCCAAGCGAAUAUAGAAAUUAUUAUGAGGAUCCCAUCGUCGCGUCUCAAUCUCCUCAUGCGUCCGACGACGUUCUCAGUUUGGGAAACGAAAGGGCCAUGGAGUUGCACGAAUGCACCAAACGUUUCAUCCUGAGACGCACGCAAGAAACGAUAAAUAAGUACCUGCCGUGUAAGCAUGAGAUGGUAUUGUUUUGCUCUCUAUCAAGUAAACAAGAAGAUUUAUACUCUCUCGUCACCGAUGCCUGGUUCGACCGAAUUUUUACACAGGAUAAAACUAUUACACACUUGACUAUCAUCACGGCGCUUAAAAAAAUUUGCAAUCAUCCGAGUCUGUUCACGAACGAUAAAGGAGGUGUGCUGUAUGACGCUCUAUCAACGCGCGUAACGCCGACGAAACACGACGAAAAUUUUACAAGAUAUUGCGGAAAGAUUACAAUUGUACAGACGCUGAUGAGAAACUUGAAGAACACUAACGAGAAGUUGGUGUUGGUUUCCUAUUACACGCAAACGCUCGAUCUUCUCCAAACCGUAUGUAGUGUGGAACGUUUGAAGUAUUUGAGAUUAGAUGGUGCCACUUCGACCACCACGCGAUCGAAAGUUAUUGAACAAUUUAACACGAAAACCGAUGAAAGCAAAAUCCUCCUAUUAAGUGCGAAGGCAGGUGGGGUUGGUCUAAAUUUACCAGGGGCAUCUAGACUUGUGUUAUUUGAUUCUGAUUGGAACCCCGCGUCUGAUAUGCAGGCUAUGGCAAGAAUCUGGAGAGACGGGCAGAAGAAGGAUGUUUAUAUUUAUAGAUUGCUGACGACAGGUACAAUAGAGGAAAAAAUAUACCAAAGACAAAUCAGCAAAGCUGGUCUGAGUGAAUUCGUGGUAGAUCUGAAUCACCUUAGGUCUUUAAAAUUAUCAACUGAGGAACUGAAGGAUCUAUUUACACUGACAACCGAUACGGUCUCUGUGACGCACGAUUUGAUGAAUUGCUCUUGUUCUGGUAAAAAUAAUGAACAUAUAUCUAUUGAAAAGUUUCAAACAGACAAUGGUAGCAUGCGCGAUUGCCAGUUUGUAUUGCAGGAUAAGUCGUCUACUACACAAAACUUAACUAUAAAUCAGUUAUUAGAUUGGCAACAUUACAAGCAACCGAUUCUACCCGAUAUUAUGCAGAUUACAUGGGGUCUAGGGAUUGGCGUCAGCCUGGGGUUUUACAGCGCACAGUCAUUUAUUGAAUGAAUGAGAAUAAAGAGGUUAAGAAAAUAAGCUUCCUUUCUUCUCUAACGAAGAACCGUUCAAGAACAGCGAUAAGGAACACAGCUAGCGGCCAUACUGUGACUGAAAAGAAACUGAAAAGAAGUCUUGACUUUAUCAACAAAAUUUAGUACGACCUAUUUUAUUCGAAAGAAAAUGGAACAUGGUGAAGAAUUCUUUCAGCGUAUAUCUCUUUUCUACUUUGAUAUGGGGAAAAGUCUUACUGAAACUCAUCAAUUGCUCAGUGAAGUUUAUGGUGACAAUACUCCAUCGAAAACAACUUGCGAAAAAUGGUUUGAACGAUUUAAAAAUGGAGAUUUUAACAUAGAAGACAAACAACGUCCAUGCCAAAAGUCAAAAAAGUUUGGAAACAACGGAUUGCAAGCAUCGUCAAAUAAAAAUCCAUUUCAAACGACCAAAGAAUUGGCAGAAGCAUCAAAUGUCACCGACGGAGAUGUUUCCAGACGUUUAUCCGUCAUAGGAGAAACUCAUAAAGAAGGAAGAUUGAAUGUAUUAGAUGAUGCUGCAAGCUUUGCUCGUGUUUCUAUCGCUACUUCUUUGUUCGCAAGGUAUAUGAAAAAUAAUUUUUUGUGGCGAAUCAUAACCGGCGGCGAAAAAUGGCUCUAUUACGAUAAUCUAAAACGUAAAAGGACACAGGCGAAUCCGGACCAACCAUCAACUUCGACGGCCGGACGGAAUAUUCACAGAGUAAUGUUGUGUAUUUGGUGGGAUCUGGAAGGCAUAGUGUAUCAUGAGCUACUGCAACCAGAUGAAAUAGACACAACCGACCGCUACAAACAACAAAUGGAACGUCUGAAUGAGGAAUUGAUGCAGAAAA